AUGAGGAACUGUCAUACUGAAGAUCACACCAGGAGGAAAAUGAGAAAAAUGUUUGAUAUUAGAAGUUCUGAAUUUAAUUCUAGUAAAAAACAGUGUAAAAAAGUGACAAAUGCCCCCAAAUUUGGGGAUGAAGUGGAUCCUGACUAUUCAUGGCUUCUUAAUUUCUUGAAUGAAAAUAUUGAACAGACAAAACCCCCAAUGGAGGAUAUCAUCAGAGAUGAAGAUGAAGAUGAAGAUGACAAUGAACAUGAAGAUGAAGAUGAAGACAAUGAUGAUGAAAAGUAUAAAGAUCCUCAAUAUUGCAUGUUUUUGAAGCAACUCACAGAAAAUGGCAAAUCAUAUAAGCUUAAAAUCUCAAAAGACAAUGAAACUCCUUGUUUUCUAGAAUACGAACAACCUUAUGACCCUUCAACUGAUAUGAAUAUUACCUUUUGCAAUACUAUAAUGAAAGAUAUGCAAAUCGAUCAUAGGAGUAAAAGGAGCCCAAAUGGAAAAAAGAGGAAGAUUUUGAUGAAAAAAGAAGCUUCAUCAAAAAUCAAGACAGAACCCCUGAAUAAUUUGGGUGUGGAUUCUUGCUACCAGUUGUUUCUUAAAGGCUACAUACCUUCUGAAUAUGAUUCAGAUACAGAUACAGAUUCUGAUAUGAUGAUUUGGGAUAAAGUUCGGGAUUUGAGUGAAGCAAACAAGAAACAACUAGUACCAACAAAAAAAGAACCAUCUUUAAAGGAGAAGUUGAUGCGUAUUCUUAAGAAGCCAUAUAAUCAAAAAGAGUAUGAAGAACUUUCAGAAUACAUAGAGGAAAAAAAGCCAAUAUGUCGUCUUUUACCCUUGCGUGACAGGGCAAUAUCAUCUGCUCUUGUUGGAGUCACAAAAUCCGUGCUUGAUGAUGGCCCGUCAACUUUUCGAAGGAAACUUAAAGCUGUGAAGAAUGAUCGACCUCGAGCUCUUAAUCUCUUGCGAAUGUUUCGCUUCUGGUUAGAACAUCUUCCAAAUGAAAAGAUUUUCAAACCAUGGUUACGUGAGGAGUUUAUGGAAGUGUUGCCAUCCAGCCGUAAAGGAUCACACCUGGAUAAAUGAUUUUUUUUUUUUUUUUUUUUGUUAUUAUAAACUUUUUUUUUGGUCAUAAAUGAAAGCGGCAAAUGUAA